GUCGCAGUCAUGUCUGCGCUUGGAACUCUCGCCUUCGAUGAAUAUGGGCGGCCUUUUAUUAUCAUCAAGGACCAGGAUCGCAAGUCUCGGCUCAGUGGGCUAGAUGCGCUGAAGUCUCAUAUUAUGGCAGCUAAAGCCGUUGCAAACACGCUAAGAACAUCACUUGGGCCCAAUGGACUUGACAAGAUGAUGGUGGAUAAGGAUGGGCAAGUUACAGUCACCAAUGAUGGUGCUACGAUUCUUAGUAUGAUGGAUGUGGAUCACCAAAUUGCCAAACUAAUGGUUGAAUUGUCUAAGUCUCAGGAUGAUGAAAUUGGAGAUGGCACUACAGGUGUUGUAGUUCUUGCUGGUGCAUUGCUGGAACAAGCGGAACAGUUAUUAGAUCGUGGUAUCCACCCUAUCAGGAUUGCUGAUGGGUAUGAACAAGCAGCACGUAUUGCUGUUGAACAUCUUGACAAGAUCAGCGACAGUUUUCCAGUUGAUCCUGAGAACUUGGAGCCACUUAUUCGAACCGCAAUGACAACAUUGGGCUCAAAAGUGAUCAACCGCUGCCACCGACAGAUGGCAGAAAUUGCAGUGAAUAGCAUUUUGACUGUUGCUGAUAUGGAUCGCAAGGACGUAGACUUUGAGUUAAUAAAGGUUGAAGGAAAAGUUGGAGGUAAACUAGAGGAUACACAACUGAUCAAAGGUGUUAUAGUGGACAAGGACUUCAGUCACCCUCAGAUGCCAAAAGUAGUGAAAGAUGCUAAAAUCGCCAUUCUCACAUGUCCAUUUGAACCACCAAAGCCCAAGACAAAACAUAAGCUAGAUGUUACUUCAGUGGAAGAUUAUAAAGCACUUCAGAAAUAUGAGAAAGAAAAGUUUCUUGAAAUGGUGAAACAGAUAAAAGAUACAGGUGCAAAUCUUGCCAUAUGUCAGUGGGGCUUUGACGAUGAAGCAAAUCAUUUAUUAUUACAAAAUGAACUUCCUGCUGUUCGAUGGGUUGGUGGACCUGAAAUAGAGUUAAUUGCUAUUGCAACAGGAGGCCGUAUUGUCCCACGAUUUUGUGAGUUAACUCCAGAAAAACUUGGUUAUGCUGGUAUUGUGAAAGAAAUUUCUUUUGGCACAACCAAGGAUCGAAUGCUUGUUAUUGAGCAAUGCAAGAACUCUAGAGCUGUAACUAUAUUCAUCAGAGGAGGAAAUAAGAUGAUAAUUGAAGAAGCAAAGCGUUCACUCCAUGAUGCUUUGUGUGUUAUUCGUAAUCUUGUAAGGGACAAUCGAAUUGUUUAUGGAGGUGGGGCUGCAGAGAUCUCCUGUGCUUUAGCCGUUAGCGAGGCUGCGGACAAGUGUCCAUCUCUGGAACAGUAUGCCAUGAGAGCCUUUGCUGACGCAUUGGAAAUUAUUCCUAUGUCACUUGCUGAAAACAGUGGUAUGAAUCCUAUUCAGACAAUGACUGAAGUACGAUCUAAGCAAGUGAAGGAAAGCAACCCAGCACUUGGCAUUGAUUGCCUGCAUAAGGGCACAAAUGAUAUGAAGCAGCAGCAUGUCAUAGAAACUUUAAUUGGCAAGAAACAGCAGAUUUCUUUGGCUACACAAGUUGUUAAAAUGAUUUUGAAAAUCGAUGACAUCCGUCGGCCUGGUGAAAUUGAAGAGUAAACUUCAUAUCGCCGUCAAACAGGAAAACACUUAUUUCAGCUCAGUGCUACUUGCUAAAUUUUGCAUUUCUCAUAUACUGCAUAUUUUACAUCGACAAUAAAAAUUCUGCUGUUAA